AUGAUCGGAGAGCAGUUAGCUUCAUCUCCCCGCAUAGCCUCGGCUUGGUCCGCGCGUCUGUCCACCUCCGCAUCCACAAGCGCAUCGACCACCGCGCCUCCCACUCCGCCUUCACACCAUCCCUUGGGUGAGCGAACCUGCCCAAUCGACGCCAAGCACCAAAACCAGCUCCAUCCGCUGCCUCAACUUCACCUACUCAACAUGUCAUGCGACGACACGCUUUCCGACAUCAGCGACGAGGCCGAUGGCUUCUUUUCGCUCGACAUGGAUGUCAGCAUCGAUCAGCAGCUCCAGCACCAUCCUCCCACUGCACAUACGCACUCAGCCCCGUCCUCGUCCCCGUCAGUACCAUUGUGGAAUGCGCGCAUCGAUGCAUCCUUACAGAGCAGCACCCGUGAGAUGUCGGCAUCUCCGCUUGCUCACCCUGCAGUGCGAAGAGCAUCCGAGACCGCAGCCUACUCGUCUUCUCCGCUUCAGGGCGUCGGACUAGAUCCCAUCAUGGCUUGCCGCUCACGCAACUCUCCUGCGCUAAGAGCUGUUAAUGCAGUUGCUCCGACAAACAGCACAGCCAUUGCCGCCGACGCCACUGCUAGUGCUGGUGCUGGCAAUGUGUCGUCACCUGCCGCGUUUGGACCCAUCGCUCCCGAAGUCGAUCAGAAAGGCAACCUUGAGUACAAGCUCAAGAUCCUACCUCCCAGUAGAGAGCGCUUUGACCGUCUCGUCACGCAGCUCAAGUGGAGGCUGCUCGAAGGCGGUGGAAUGGCCAUGUACGAGAUCGGCGUGCUCGAUGACGGCACUCUCAUAGGUCUCGACGCAGACUCGAUGAAGGACUCGCUCAAGCUUCUUUCCUUGAUGGCAGCCGAGGUCGGAGCCAAUUGCCACGUUCAGCGUGUGCUAGCGCUCGAAAAGAUGGAACUUUCCAACAAUGAUGCCGCUGCCGAACCAAUGACUGCGUCGUCGUCUUGGCGUCGUGCUGCUUCCGAGUCGAAUCUUAGCCUGCGAGCCCUUUCCGCGUCUCAGGCUGUAGAAGCAUUGCAACCGUUCAUUCUCGCCUCCACAGAUCUCGACGACGACGUCCGCACGCAACUCAUGCAAGCCGGUUCAGCUGGUAUGUACCGCUUCGACAUUGCUCAACAGCAGUUGCCCAUCCCUCCACCUCUUGUCAAAUUGGAUGCAGACGCUUCGGCCACCGCCAUUGGCUCAAUAGCUGCGAUCGACCAGGCCGAGCCGGCUCCUCUCGGUGAUGUCGAAAUGGCCAUGUCGGCUCAAACCAAACCACGACUGCUCAAGUCUACCCUGGACGUGCUUGCAAGUGCUAACGACGAAUCAGCAUCAACUCGACCCAAGAAAGAUAUCCUGCAGGGCCGAGACCAAUCCGCUAUCGUCUAUUUGCCUUCCAAGGAGGAGAAGCGUAUUCUUCGAGCGGCCGAAGCUGCAGCAGAAGCCCAACACGAAGCUACCAUGGCAGCUGCCAACGCAGCCAAAGCUGAAGCUCAAGCGGACCGAGCACUAUUGCAUACCGAAGCACAGGAACGCAAGAUGAUGGCCAAGAUGACGCGCGUCGCCGAUUCAAUUCAACCAAAGACGGCUCGUGCACGCGCUCGCGCUCGCAAAUCGGCGUUCGUCGACGAAGCUACUGACACCAGUGCGUCGAUACCGACAUAUCCCGAAGGUGCAUCUCGCACGCCUUGGCCAGCAACGAGCGCGGUCAACACACCUCGAUCGUUGUGUUCAACGAACGCGUAUACAGGCUACGAGAAUGUCAUGUCGGCGUUCGGAGUGUUGUCCGAGAGAGCCGCGCGCACAUUGUACGAUGUACACGACGAUAUGCAGGCAGCGGUCGGUCUCGAGGCGAGGUUGAUUGUUGAAGCUGUCGUCAGACAGACGCGGAUUCCGAAGACAACUAUGUCGACUUUCAGCGUUCAAGGUUCAGGUUGA